AUGUCAGACAAACAUCUUUGCUGGGUUCCCCGUCCAUGGGACGAAUACCCUUCAGAUUUUAUGGGUUUGGUUCUCCAUAGCGAAGUUACAUUCCAUUAUCGACAAACUAACAAAAUAUAAGGGACUAGGGUCCGCAUUGAUGGAAACGUUUCUGUACUACGUAUUUAUAAAAACCAAAUAUGGAUGAAAAACGAAAAAGAUAACCUCAAGAGACCAAAUCGGAGGACUUACACAGGAAUCUUCAUGCCGUGUAUAACAACUUCGGAAUCGUGA